UACGGCCACCGCAGACUGGGAGACCGGAGGGUACGGGCAGAGGAUGCAAACAGAGAAACCGAGGGGACCAGCUUGAACGGACCCCAGGGUGCAGACCUGAAGAGACCCCAGGGUGCAGUCAAAGGGAUCGAGCUUGCAGUCUCGGAUACGGAGGAGCAGUAGGUCUAAUAAUUAUCGAUCGAGACGGAGAUGUCAACACUGCCUUUUAAAAACAAGCUUGUUACGUUGCUGUGUUGCAAGUUCUGUGACAAUAUAUUGUGCGCUCGGGGCAUGAGGGCAGUCCUGCUCUCUGACACAGACGUAGAACUGUACUCGACUGAUAUUCCCCCCACAAGGGCCGUGGACUUUGUUGGAAAUUGCUACUCCACAGAAAGCUGCAAGUGUAAAAUAAAGGAUAUUGCAUGUUUAAAAUGUGGCAAUGCUGUUGGCUACCAUGUGGUUGUCCCAUGCAAAUCCUGUUUGCUUUCCUGUAACAAUGGGCAUUUCUGGAUGUUUCACAGCCAGGUGAUCUACGCUGUUAAUAGACUGGAUUCCUCUGGUGUUGAUUUUCUUCUCUGGGGCAACUUGCCAGAUACAGAGGAUGAAGAGAAUGAAUCCGAUCUAUUUGAAGAGGAAUGUAUCAGAUAAUGGAAUGGAGUAAUCAAGAUAACAGUAUUUCAAUUUUGUUGCUUUGCCAAUUUUUUGUUUAAAGUACUUUGACGUUAUUUCAAAGGUCACAAGUGCUUUGAAUUAACCGUAAUGGUUAACUGCAGUUUAUGUAGCAGAGCAAGCUUGUUUGAAAUUCUUUUAUCCAGGGAAGGAUGUGAAUGUACAUACCCUGAUGAACAGCAAGUGUGUACCAAUCUUAUGAGGUAUGCAGUAGCCAGGUUUGGACCUUUGCAAGUUUCCAAAUAUUUGUUAGGAAUGUUGGCACAGAGUUAUGCUUUUGAUUGAAGGUUAGCUUUGGGUGGACCCAUCAUUGGACAGGCUUUGCACAGAAAAUAUAAGAUUUCACAGAAACAUGAACAGCCAGUGAAGAAGUUGUUACGCCCUUCACGGUUGCUGGAAUUGGAAACUACUCUGCUGGUUCUCCAGUUUACAUCCUUCAAUUAUAUUUUUUCACUCUAAUGUGAUGGCUUUUUUUGCACUCUAAAGUAAAGUUUGAGAUGGAGAAUUUAUUUUGGCAGGGAUAAUAAAGAGGAAUUAGUUUAUUUUGAGAGCAAUUUAUUCAGGGAAACUUAACCAGAUUCAAGAUGGAAUUGGGCAUAUUUGUUGUCAUUACCUCAAGAGUGACCACUGUGUAGAAAGGACCCCAUUUUGAAUAAUAACCCUGCUAUACUUCCACAAUGUUGGAAUGCUAAUCAAAUUUUCAAUUAAAUAAACAAAUGCGUGCGUGGGAUGAUGGAUUUAUGGCUAAAUGAUAUAUCUGGACAAAUUGAAAUGAAGUGUGAGUUUGUCCAUCCUCAUUCAUGAUGAUGGCCAUUUUCAGGUGCUUGUACUGAUCUUCUGGUUUUUAAAGCCAAUUUAGGCAUUAAGUCCAUUAACUUGAAAUAUAUAUUAUUGUAAAUACUGUAAAUACUCAACAGGCAGGGCAAUAUCUUUGGGGAGAGGGAAAUGGUUAAUGUUUCCUUUGAUUGGAUGUCCAGUAAUCUAUUUUAUAAAAAAAUGCUAACUAACCGUGAAUGGACAAUAGGGACACCAUUUAUGCACUGAAGAUACAAUAGAAAACUAUUUUCUAUUUACCAAAGAUGGGCAUCUGUCUUGAGUUUUCAGACAGUUACUAGAUCAUUUUUGCAGCAGUUACUGGUAUUUUAACUGUACUGGGAUGACGCUGACAAAGUUGAAUGAAGGAAGACUCAGUUACACAUGCUGUAUUAAAUCCUAUUAUUUUUCCAAAUGAUGGACAAAGUCUAUUGUGCACAUCACACAGAUACAAAUAUUAAGAUUAUAUGAUACUAUUUACUAUUUUUGUAUAUUAAUCUGUAAUGUAACUAGCCACAUAUGGCUCACACUCAAUGUAUCAUGAAGUAUUAAUGACAACAAUGCUAAUGAAUCUCCGAACUACAAAGAGUAACUGAAACAUUUUCUGAAAGUCAUUUUUCUUUAUUUGCAUAAAAGAAAAGGUUGUCUGCUUGGCGUUUGUCCUUUAUUUACAUGGCUUAUGGUGAAAUCUCCACUCAGCACUCUGUCUCCAGACUCAGAAGAAAAUAUGAUCCGUUGUCUAAGAUAUGGGUACCUGGUCCUUGUGGAGUUGUCCUUCACUAAGGGCUAAAUAUUUCAUUUGCUGCACUAUUGAAUGAUAUUUGUAUGUAAAAUCCGAUAUACUUAUGCUAUGAGUAUGGGAAAGGAAUUAUUGAUUUGUUUGAAACUGUAAAAGUUACAACAAUUUGUACAAAUAUCUAUCAGUUAUUUUAUAUUUACAGUCUAUCUGAAUAGUUUUGUCAAAUUAAUGUUCUUUAAUUCUUGCUUUGCUUCAUAAUUUACCACAAGCAAUGUGUUCGAGUUCUCACAAUCCUUGGGUUUUGCAAUAAUAAGUUGAUUUGGCUAACUUCAGCUCUUAGGAGGAUGACUAUGUGUGUCUAAACUACUUCUGUCCUUCCAAUCACAAGUAGGUCAGAGGAGCAAAACUUGGGACAACUUGUUGAAUGUUCACAAAGGCCGAAGUGCCUUUUAGCCUAAAUUACUUUUGGAAAAUCUGGUAUAAAUUAAAAGCGGAAUGAUUUUUUAAUUGAUAACCAUUCAAUAGGCCAAUUUUUGAUUCCCUGAUUUGUAGCUCAUUUGUAGAUAUGUUCUUAAUGUCCAUUGCAAAAAUGUUGGGAUGGAAUAUCGAUUAUGACCCUGCUCCUGUUUGCUAGUUUGCAAGUAUGUGCAUGUAAAUUGUGUACAAGUGCACUGAGGUCCCAUUUAUCCCUGCUGCAUAUCCUCCCAGUUCUUGUAGUAAAAAACCUGUCUGGACAUGCUCAUAAAUUAUGACAGCAUGAUUUACUGUGGAUGUGGAACAAAACCGAGUUUAUUUGAUGCCUCCACAAGAAAGACAGGGAAAAAAUGGUACACACAGAAACUCCUCAAUGCAGAAAUCAGUACCUGCCGAGUAUUUAAUUCCUCGCUUCUACAGAGGAAAUAUUAUAGUGUUAUCAUUUUCUCACAAGGGAUCCAGAUCUGAAAGGGAUCGUAAUGCACAGAUGAAUUACUUACAGUAGCAUCCUCUGUUUUCUUUUAUUGGCUUUUUUUAAAUAUAUGUUAUUCUUGGCUUGGAUUUUUGUAUUGUCUUAGAGUAAAGGCAAAAGCAAGUUCAGUAUAUCAUGACUCUGAAAAGUGAAUGAAUUGGAAGUGAACCUUGUGUAAUAUAGUGUAAAUGUGUGGAAGAGUUUGGUGCUGUGAUAUUUAUUCCUGUUGUGAAUAUGUAUGUGGUUUUAUUUUCUAGUUAGUUUGUGCAUUCAAAACCAAUAUCCUGGGAAAGACUGGCAUAUUGCAAUAGAUUUUCUGGUCAAUCAAUAAAA